AUGCCUGAAGCACCGAGAAAUGAUUCUUUAGACGUUGAUCUGACCCUCGACGAAAAGAACAAGAGGAAGCUUCAGUUAAUCGAGGAGCUGACCUCUAACGCCGACCAAGUCCAGAGACGGGUCUUGGAGGAGAUCUUGACCCGUAAUGCUGACGUUGAGUAUCUCAGGCGACAUGACCUCGACGGUCGCACAGACCGAGAGACCUUCAAAAAAGUGAUGCCGGUUAUAACGUACGAGGAUAUCCAGCCUGAGAUCAACAGGAUCGCUAAUGGUGAUAAAUCCCUAAUCCUCUCUUCAAAGCCCAUCUCCGAGUUCCUCACCAGCUCUGGGACAUCUGGUGGGGAGAGGAAGCUAAUGCCAACAAUCGAAGAAGAAUUAGACAGAAGAUCAUUUCUCUACAGUUUCUUGAUGCCAGUGAUGAGCCAGUUUGUUCCUGGUCUCGACAAAGGCAAAGGAAUGUAUUUCUUGUUCAUCAAAUCCGAGUCAAAGACACCAGGUGGUCUCCCUGCUCGUCCUGUCUUAACCAGUUACUACAAAUCUUCCCAUUUCAAAGAAAGACCAUUUGACCCUUACACCAACUACACAAGCCCCAACGAGACCAUCCUUUGCCCUGACUCUUACCAGAGCAUGUACUCUCAGAUGCUCUGUGGUUUAUGCCAACACCAUGAGGUUCUCCGAGUAGGCGCUGUCUUUGCCUCUGGUUUCAUCAGAGCUAUCAAGUUUCUUGAGAAGCAUUGGACCGAGUUUGUCCGUGACAUUCGAACCGGUACUCUAAGUUCCUCUAUAAUCGAUCCUUCAGUGCGUGAAGCGGUCUCCAAGAUCCUUAAACCGAGUCCCAAACUCGCGGAGUUCGUGGAGUCAGAGUGCAAAAAGAAAUCUUGGCAAGGGAUCAUCACUAGGCUUUGGCCUAACACAAAGUAUGUGGAUGUGAUUGUGACCGGGACAAUGUCUCAAUACAUUCCAACUUUGGAUUACUACAGCAAUGGCUUGCCUCUUGUCUGUACGAUGUAUGCUUCUUCGGAGUGUUACUUUGGUGUGAACUUAAGGCCACUCUGCAAACCUAGCGAGGUGUCUUACACGCUCAUACCAACCAUGGCUUAUUUUGAGUUUCUGCCUGUUCAUAGAAACACAGGUGUUACUAACUCCAUCAAUCUACCUAAAGCACUCACUGAGAAGGAACAACAAGAGCUUGUUGAUUUAGUUGAUGUUAAGCUUGGCCAGGAGUACGAGCUCGUUGUCACAACUUAUGCCGGGCUUUGUAGAUACAGAGUUGGUGAUUUAUUGAAAGUGACUGGCUUCAAGAACAAGGCACCUCAAUUCAGUUUCAUAUGCCGCAAGAAUGUGGUCUUGAGCAUAGAUUCCGACAAGACCGACGAGGUUGAGCUUCAGAAUGCAGUGAAGAACGCAGUGACACACCUCGUCCCAUUCGAUGCAUCAGUCUCUGAGUACACGAGCUAUGCGGAUACAAGCUCCAUCCCUGGCCACUAUGUUCUUUUCUGGGAGCUAUGUUUGGAUGGAAACACACCAAUCCCUCCUUCAGUCUUUGAGGAUUGCUGCUUAGCCCUAGAAGAGUCACUCAACACAGUGUAUAGACAAGGAAGGGUUAGUGACAAGUCCAUAGGCCCGCUUGAGAUCAAGAUUGUUGAGCCAGGGACAUUCGAUAAGCUAAUGGAUUAUGCCAUCAGCUUGGGAGCCUCGAUUAAUCAGUAUAAGACGCCGAGAUGCGUGAAGUUUGCUCCAAUUAUUGAGCUAUUGAAUUCAAGAGUUGUUGAUAGUUACUUCAGCCCCAAGUGUCCUAAAUGGGUACCUGGUCACAAGCAGUGGGGAAGUAACUAGGAAGGAACCAGGAACUGUGAAGACUCUCUUUGAAGUAGAAGUUUGGGACGUGCAACUGAUAACUUCUGUCUCUCUAAUUUUUAGUUCGUUUUAUUUUGUAUCCUUUUAAUUAAUAUGCAUAGUCCCUCUGGAUUUGAAAACCAGUUGUACAAAGGCAAAUCAUGUUUCUCCAAGCAACUCUCAGUUUCACUUUCUCGAGCCUCUAAACUUUCUAUUAUUAAUGCCUACUGUUUGGACCUUUAUCCUUUACCAAGCAAUGUUAAAUUGCAAUUCCCUA